GAGCUCGGUCGACAGGCGGAACUUUCUCCCUGCAGAGUAACAGUGCAGUUGGGCCUUCCUUUUGGGUAAGACACCAUGGAUAUUGCCAUCCAGCACCCCUGGUUCCGACGGUCCUUCUUCCCCUCAUUGUCUGCGCCCCGGAUCUUCGAUCAGCGCUUCGGGGAGCACAUAACGGACACCGAGCUAUACGCACCCUUUCCCUCCUUCUACUACCCCCGACUGCCCCUGCCCCACCUGCCCAGCUGGGUGGACAGCGGGCACUCAGAGAUGCGAAUGGAGAAGGACCAGUACACAAUUAAUUUGGACGUCAAGCAUUUUUCUCCUGAGGAGCUCACAGUCAAGAUCAGUGGAGAGUUCAUUGAGAUUCACGGGAAGCACGAGGACCGCCAGGACAACCACGGCUUUGUGUGUCGGGAGUUCCUCAGGAAGUACAGGGUGCCGGCGGGGGUGGAUCCCGCCAAGGUCACCUCCUCCCUGUCCUCUGACAGCGUGCUGACCCUCGUCGCUCCUCACAAGAUGGCGGAGUAUCCGGAGCGCGUCAUCCCCAUCACCUGCGAUGAAAGGCCUGCUGUGACCGCGCCCCAGAAGAAGUAGGGCUACUAACCCCUCCCCAAUCAUCAACCACGUCUACCCAGGCACCUGGCAGCCCUGGCACUCAUGUAUAACCCUCCUUCACCUUCACACCUAACUCAUCAUUAGUGACCCAGCGACCCAGCGAUACUGUAUUUUCCACAGACAUGGUGUGCCGUUUAGUGUUUUACAGAGACUGAGAUAGGAUAAGAUGAAGUUUAGGGGUCAGGCUUAUUUGACAAACUUUGGACCUCCAGUCCCUUCAGCCACUUCACAUAUAUUAGCACAGAUAUCCCCCGUACUGCUUCAUGUGGAACGCAGACUCUCACUCACAUUCCUGCUUCAUGAAUGACUUUCAAGGCUCUUCUGGAGCAGCAGCAGGAAUUUUACCACACAAGGCAAGCACAAUCAGCUCUUUGUCCAAGGACGGACCCUGAGAACCCAAGCUAAGCUGCUGCACAUCGAAGCCAAUAACAAAACAUGUUUCUUUGUGUGAACCCAUCUCUGUCCCGCCAAGAAUAGGUUUUUAGUCACAGAGGUGCAAGACAAUAAUAUAUUCCCUUACCGAAACAAAAUAUACUGCAAUAUAUUGUAAAUACGGUAUAUGGGUAACAUAAUUAGCUUAAAAUAUUAAAAGCCUGGUCUGUGUCAUAUAUUUUAUUUCAAUAUGUUCAGUACAUUCAUUUCUGUAAGAACUAGUGCUUUCUCAUACUUCCACACCUAAUGAUGGUGUAUAAAUAUCACAGUCAUUUUUGCAUCUUUGCUCUCUUUCAUCAUCAACACUUUUGCAUUGCAAAUCAUUCCGGAUAAGCAACUACAGUGCAGAAAUGCAAAGCACAAUACAGUAAACACAGCUAUAGAGAGAUAAGAGCCUUGUUUUGCAGGCUGAAAUCCCGAUAUGGAUCCCAAUAUGGAACAGCUGGGAGGUGCUUGUGAAUGUUGAUCUCUUUCUCUGAACAUUGUGUUAUCACGUCCCCUUUAAAAAGCACAGACUUAUUGCUAUGGCAAUAUUACGUUUGUUAACUUUAUGAAAAAGUAACAUUACAGAAAACAUAAUAAAAUCAAAUAAUUUCAGUUGUUGCAAGCUUCCUACCUUGGACUCUACAGUGCAGUCUGUAAGUAUUUGGGCGGUGGUACAAUUUCUGUUCUUUUGGCUCUGUGUUCCAGAACAUUGGACUUUAAAUGCAUGCAUGGGAAUCCCUUUUCAUACAGUCCCUCCAUUUUAGGGGACCAAAAGUAAUUGGACAGUUGGUAUUCUCAGCUGUUUCUGAAUUGUAUAUUCAAUACUGGAGGUCACACAGUCAACCAUAUAUACCAUCAAAGUCAAGGGAGAGAAUUUGAAAAAACUUUUAUUCAGCGAUCUUUGACAUGAGAUGACAUCAUGAUGUACCCAUGUGUAAAAAACAAAAAACAAAAAUCACAUCCCUGUCAAUCACACAAGGCAAUGGCUGUGUAGAAAUAACAUUAACUGCCAUCUUAGUGGACUCAUUACUAUGGGACAAAGGUGAGUCAUUAAACACCUCUUUAACACACACAUAAGGCCUGCAGUGAGAGGGUAAACCGCCUGUUUACUGUUUUGCCUUGUGGGUCCAGCUACAAGCAGCACUGGUGUUCUUUAUGACUACUUAUACUGAGAGCCUAUGAUUCAAUCGGACUCCAUUUGAAGGCCAAAAUUCAGCACCCAUCCAAACAAACCUCAAAACCAUGACUGCCACCCCACCCCCAAACAACCCUCAGCUAAGAAACGAGAAUAAAGAAAAGACAGGAGAGGGAUGUUUGAGGGAAGGUAGCAGUGGUACCAAAAACUGUUAGCAGUUGCUAGCUUCUGUGCCUGUGUUGUUAAUCAUUGCUUUAUUAUCACAAAUUGCUGACAAACUGUAGUAGUACGAGCCGUAUUUACACAAUAUUUCGCUACAUUUGUAAUAGUGAUCAUAAUAAUGGUGAUCAAAAUAAAAAAACAAUGAAGUAAUCCAGUAAUAGGACAACUCUGUUCAUUGUGUUUUCGACAAGCUGUCUGGAAGUGCCAUUUCCAUUUAAAGUAGUAUUGUGGUGAAAAGUUUAUUCCUGUAAAUAAG